AUGACUAUUGACGACCCAGCGAGCUUGCAAACUCCUCUCAACAGAGCAAGCAAGGACGCCUUGAACACUCUAGCAGCGGAUAUAACUGCGGCCAACGCACCUGCUAACGCCACGACACUCGACGAGUUCAAGAAGAUGCUUUCCGCCUACGAGAAGAGGUCGGAAGAGCAGGAUAAACUCGUGGGAACCCUAACCAAACAGGUUCAAACCCUAACGGCAAGGGCCCACGCAGUCCUCCCUCACGGAGCUACGAAACUCCGUGGGAGAAGACUCGAGUUUGCAACCCCACACGAUAGGCCUCGCAUUGACUUGGAGCCCAGCGAUGACUCCGAGGAAGACGCCGACGUCCAUCCAAGAAGAACCCGUAGCCGUUCAGCUCAGGAGAAUUCUCCGUUCGACAAACCUAUAACGGAAGAAGAAGAAAACCUCAAUUGGGUCGAACAUGAGAAACUUGCCGAAAAGCAAACCGAGAUUACUCGCCGCGAACGCCGACAAGCUCGGAAGACCGCUGGAGAAAAUCCGGACAUCAGCGAUCUCCGCGAUUACAUCACCAAAACCGUCGCGGAAGUAAGGGCCGUGAAAUCGCAGAUUUACCACGCCACGAGUGCUGCCCCAGAAAUCGAUAGGCUACUCGAGGUGACUCGUAAAACGCCCUUUACUGCGCGGAUCUCCGAGACUAAGGUGUCUAAUCCGGGGAAUCUCAAGAUACCAAUCUAUAACGGUACAACCGACCCUAAGGCGCACCUCCAGGCAUUCCAUAUCACUAUGGGAAGAGCCAGGUUUAAAGAAAGCGAGAAAUACGCUGGCUACUGUCGCCUGUUUGUCGAAAAUCUCGAAGGCGCGGCGCUCGAGUGGUUCUCCCGGUUGAAGCGAAACUCCAUCGGAAGCUUUCGCCAACUCGCAUCGGAAUUCCUCCUUAAGUACUCUAUGUUCAUAGAUAGAGAAACUUUCGAUGUCGAUCUCUCUGGAGCUUAA